UUCCAUAUGCUUGCUUUGUCAUGAGCAUCCAUUCUUUCUUUGUACUUGUCUUUUCCUGACUAUUAUUAAAAGUUGAAAGCAACCAACAGCCUGUCCUUAUUAUCACAAUUUUCUUCUUUCUUUCCUUUCUCAAGCUUCACAAACCCCUAUUUCUAGUAAAAACUCAAUUCUCAAUCAACUAGUUAAACUUAAACAUAACUCACCCUUUUUCACUUUCAUUCAUCUUCUUCUCUCUCUCUUUUUCUUCCCCCAACUUUCAGUUUCAUCUUCAUUACAUAUACAUUUUCCACUCUCUUCUUAAAUCCACAAAUUUCAUCUCCCUAAUAAGAAGCAUCUUGUGUUGUGUUAUGGAGUGGAACAAUUUGAAAGCACCUUCAUGGGAUUUAACUGAAAUGGAACAAGGAACCUUAAACAACAUAGAACCAAUGGAUGGUUCAAGGAGUUUUGGAUUUGGAGAUUAUACAACAAAAGGGGAAUUUUCUGUUGACUUGAAACUUGGCCAAGUUGGAAAUUCUAGCACUGAAUUAUCAAAAUCCAAAGAUGUCGCUGUGGUUGGUGUUGGUGGAGUUGGAGGAGUUUCGAAAAUGUCAUCUUCAUCGUCUUCAACAACUUCGGGUUCUUCUAAGAGAGCUAGAGCUAUUAACAAUGGAACUCAUAUAGUUUCAUGUCUUGUUGAUGGUUGUCAAGCUGAUCUUAGUAACUGUAGAGACUAUCAUAGACGCCAUAAGGUUUGUGAACUUCAUUCCAAGACUGCUCAGGUCACUAUUGGUGGACAUAAACAAAGGUUCUGCCAACAAUGUAGCAGGUUUCAUUCACUAGAGGAAUUUGAUGAAGGAAAAAGGAGUUGCAGGAAACGUUUAGAUGGGCACAACAGAAGAAGAAGAAAGCCACAAGCAGAAGCUAUAAGUCGAUCUAGUAGCUUUUUGUCCAAUUACCAAGGAACUCAGUUGUUACCCUUCUCAAGUUCGCAUAUAUACCCUUCAACUGCUAUGAUGAACCCUACUUGGGGUGGAACUGAUGUUAGAGUCCAUAGUCAACACCAACAACAAAUGCACCAUCUUGUCCUAGGAACAACAUCUCCAACAACCAACAACAGCUACAAAGAAGGGAAACAAGUGUCAUCGUCGUCAUCAUCGUCGUUCAUUCAUCAUGCUACUAACCACCAAACUCAUCAACAUCUUUCAUCUUCUUCCAUGAAUCCAUCUUUUAACCGGACCAAUCCUUUUUCAGAAAGAUGCAAAAUGUUUGGUGACAACAGCAGCAACAACAACAAUAACACUACUUGUGCUCUCUCUCUUCUGUCAUCACCACCGCUACCAGUAGUAUCACAGACGCAUAAUCAUCAUCAUCAUCAUCAUCAUGAGAUGGUGAAUACUACUCAUUCAUCUUUUAUGCAACCCUUAGGUUUGAGUUUGCAUGAUCAUAGCUUGGGGUCGGUGGACCAUGUUUUGGGUCCAAAUGAUCAGAGUGGUCAUUGUUCAUCCAUUUAUAACAUGGGAUCUAAUGAAUCACAUUCUCAGGGAAAUGAUAAUGAUGCUCCUCCUCCAUUAUAUCCUUUUCAAUGGGAUUAGAAUUAUUAUUAUUAUUAUUAGAGGAUUUUAUUUGUUAUAAGGUUGUUGUUACCUUAAUUUGUGUAAUGUUUGUGAAUUCUUAAUUUCUCUGUCUUUAAUGCAUGAAUGUAAUAGACUAUGUAUCGUUUAAGAAAAACGUAUUCGGUGUGUUUGAGGAACUAAAAUCUCAAUGUGAAGUAAGAGGAUAGGAUUGUACAUUA